AUGGGCGGCUUCGACUUCUCCAACCACAACCGCAAUGCGGCCCUACACGCCCAGGGCAUCCCGCUGCCCAAGGCGACGAGCACAGGAACGACCAUUGUCGGAUGUCUCUUUGACGGCGGCGUGGUCAUCGCAGCAGACACACGAGCCACCAGCGGCCCCAUCGUAGCAGACAAGAACUGCGAGAAACUCCACUACAUCUCCCCUCACAUUUGGUGUGCCGGUGCCGGUACCGCCGCAGACACCGAGUUCACCACCGCCAUCAUCUCCUCCAACCUCGAACUCCACGCCCUCUCCACCGGCCGCAAGCCCCGCGUCGUUACCUGCAUGACCAUGUUGAAGCAGCACCUGUUCCGUCACCAAGGUCACAUUGGCGCCUACCUCGUCAUUGCAGGCGUCGACCCCACCGGCGCACAUCUCUUCACCGUCCACGCCCACGGCUCCACCGACAAGCUGCCGUACGUCACCAUGGGUUCGGGUUCAUUGGCCGCCAUGUCCGUCUUCGAGACACAGUGGAAGCAAAACCUGACAAGGGAGGAGGCCGUCACACUCUGCGCAAACGCCAUCGAGGCAGGUAUCUGGAACGAUCUGGGUUCAGGUAGCAACGUGGACGUGGCGGUCAUCACAGAGGAGAAGACCACAUUGAUGAGGAACUACAAGACACCAAACACCAGACAGCCCAAGCAGAGGAACUACAAGUUCCAGCGGGGAACUACGGCGGUGCUGAACGAGAAGAUCAUCACAAAGGAGGAGAUCAGCAAAUACGUUACCGUACAUGAGCUCAAGGAUGGCGAUGUAGCUGCAACGGCCGAGACCAUGGACAUAGAUUCGUAG